CUUGCCUUGCUCUUCCCGCCGCCCAAGAUGCCGAAAGGAAAGAAGGCCAAGGGGAAGAAGGUGGCUCCGGCCCCUGCUGUCGUUAAGAAGCAGGAGGCCAAGAAAGUGGUGAAUCCACUAUUUGAGAAAAGGCCUAAAAAUUUUGGCAUUGGACAAGAUAUCCAGCCCAAAAGAGACCUCACCCGCUUUGUGAAAUGGCCCCGCUAUAUCAGGUUGCAGCGGCAGAGAGCCAUCCUCUAUAAGCGGCUGAAAGUGCCUCCUGCAAUUAACCAAUUCACCCAAGCCCUGGACCGCCAAACAGCUACCCAGCUGCUUAAGCUGGCCCACAAGUACAGACCAGAGACGAAGCAAGAAAAGAAGCAGAGGCUGUUGGCCCGGGCCGAGAAGAAAGCGGCUGGCAAAGGGGACGUCCCCAGUAAGAGACCACCUGUCCUCCGAGCAGGAGUUAACAGCGUCACCACCUUGGUGGAGAACAAGAAAGCUCAGCUGGUGGUGAUUGCACACGAUGUGGAUCCCAUUGAGCUGGUUGUCUUCUUGCCUGCCCUCUGUCGUAAAAUGGGAGUCCCUUACUGCAUCAUCAAGGGUAAGGCAAGACUGGGACGUCUAGUUCAUAGGAAGACCUGCACCACUGUCGCCUUCACACACGUUAAUCCGGAAGACAAAGGUGCUUUGGCUAAGCUGGUGGAAGCUAUUCGCACCAACUACAAUGACAGAUACGAUGAGAUCCGGCGUCACUGGGGAGGCAAUGUCCUGGGUCCCAAGUCUGUGGCUCGCAUUGCCAAGCUAGAAAAGGCAAAGGCUAAAGAACUUGCCACGAAACUGGGUUAAAUGUAAAUAACUGUUUCUGUAAAUAAAAAUAAUUAAUGCAAAU